AUGCGACUUGAGCUUCGUGAUGAAAUGCGCAGUUGGUUGAGAGGUGAUGCGGACAGUCGGCACUGGCAGCCUUCUGACGAGCGGCCAAGGCAAUCUCCACAAGCUGCACAGUCACCAGCGAGGAUUGACCUAGAAAGGCGCUGUCAGGAUUUGCAGUUUCAGCUAGACAGGGCUCUUGAAGAUGCUGCAGCUGCGAGGCAGCGAGCGUUGGACUUGGAGCCACCUGCUAAGUGGGACUCUCGCAAUCUUAUUUCAAGCCCGUGGGCUGCAAGCCGCGCUCCAGACCUUGCGGAUCGCCUGGAUGUGCAGGCGUCAAAGGAGCUUGAGAAGAAAACCGUUACAUUGGAAGCGGAGAUGAGCGCGGCUUUCGCUCAGGCUCAUGCUGCCAAAGCUGCAGAGGAGUCCGCGCUGGCUGCCCUAUCGGACAGCGAACGCCGCUGCCAAGAUGGCUUGCGACGCAUGGAUGCAAUGCUUGCUGACACCAAGGAGCUGACCCGCGAGCUGGCAAAGCACAAGCACUUGGCCAAGGGCAUGGAUGACCUGGUCCGGCGGCACGAACGAAGGAUGAUCAGGAAUGGCCAAGAUCCAGCCACUCCUAGCUUCAGUGAAGUUCGGUCCCGUUCGAGCCGGAGGCAGUCUCCGCCGCCGCGGCAAGUUCAGGAUGCCGGCGACUUUGCGAGCACGUCAAGAACGGAUUUGAGGGUGGAGACGCAUCGAACUGCAGGCUCUUCGCAUCCGCCAUCGCUAUCAGAGUCCCGCUUUGGCUUGCGCAACUUGCAUGGUGCUGUACUGCCUCCGCCACAUUCUCCACCUGCUACGGGAAGAAGUCAAGGCAAGCUUCGCAGCGGCUAUUCUCCGUCUCCCAUGGCACAGGAGCCAGUUUGCGAACGGCGACGGCCAGGGCUACCGGUCUCCGCCUCAGUGCCCUGGGCUGGGAGCGCCUCUCGCUGGAGGGAGGCCCAGGCUGACCGCCGCACGGAAGAGAGGUUUGCUUCAUCUCGCUAA